CUUUUUCGCAGUGGCUGCUGUGAACCCAGCCGGCACAAGCUUCAACCUUGACUGCCUUCUGUGUCAUCAGGAAGAUCUGUGAGGACCUGCCAGUGUCAUGGCAACAAACAUGAAAAAAUGUAUCAACUCUACAACAGAUGACAGAGACAUUGAGAAUGGAGAUGAGAAGAAAAAUGAAGAAACAGGUGUUGGAUACUUUGAGCUGUUUCGAUUUGCCACCUGGAAAGACAAGGUCAUGAUGGUACUGGGGAGUUUGUGCGCCCUCUUACACGGUGCAGCUGCACCUCUCAUGCUUCUUGUGUAUGGCAUGGUAACGAACACAUUUGUGGCCUAUGAGCUUGAAGUCCAAGAACUAAAAGACCCAAACAAGACAUGCAUCAACAACACAAUCUACUGGAAAAAUGGCUCUAUAUAUGAAACAGCUGAAAAUAACACAGUGUACUGUGGGGUGGAUAUUGAAAGACAGAUGACCACAUUUGCAUAUUACUAUGUUGGAAUCGGAUUUGGAGUUCUGAUUGUUAGUUAUUUUCAGAUUGUCUUCUGGGUGACAGCGGCUGCAAGACAAAUUCAUCAAAUAAGAAAGACCUAUUUCAGAAAAAUAAUGCGAAUGGAGAUUGGAUGGUUUGACUGCAACUCCGUUGGUGAACUGAACACAAGGAUAUCAGAUGAUAUCAACAAGAUCAACAAUGCCAUAGCUGACCAGAUGUCUAUCUUCAUUGAGAGGUUUUCUACGUUUGUAUUUGGCUACAUAGUUGGAUUCAUUAGCGGAUGGAAGCUGACUUUGGUGGACAUAGCAGCGAGUCCACUGAUAGGAGUAGCUGCUGGACUUAUGGCCAUGGCUCUGGCUCGGUUGACAGGACGAGAACUAAAGGCCUACGCAAAGGCAGGAGCAGUGGCUGACGAGGUCCUGUCAUCCAUCAGAACGGUAGCAGCGUUUGGUGGGCAGGAAAAAGAAGCUGAGAGAUAUGAUGGAAAUCUUGAGGAAGCUCAGGUCUGGGGUGUGAAAAAGGGCACAAUCAUAGGCGUUUUUCAUGGAUUCCAAUGGUGCAGCAUUUUCCUGUGUACCGCUUUGGCCUUUUGGUAUGGAUCUGAAUUGGUCAUUAAAACCAAGGAGCUUUCUCCCGGAGAUGUCAUUCAAGUGUUCUUUGGCGUAUUUAUGGGAGCUCUGAAACUUGGCCAGGCCUCAACCUGCCUGGAGGCUUUCGCUUCUGGCCGUGCUGCAGCAAAGAACAUUUUUAGCACAAUUGAUCGGGAACCAGAAAUUGAUUGUCUCUCAGGAGAAGGUCACAAAUUAGACACAGUUAAAGGUGACAUUGAAUUCCAUAAUGUCACUUUCUUCUACCCAUCCCGGCCUGACGUCACGGUUUUAAAUGAUCUGAGCAUGCAGAUCAAUGCAGGAGAAACCACUGCUUUUGUGGGACCGAGUGGUUCUGGAAAGAGCACCACAAUCCAGCUCAUCCAAAGGUUUUAUGACCCAAAGGAAGGAAUGGUGACUUUGGACGGUCAUGACAUUCGUACUUUAAACAUCCAGUGGCUCCGAUCUCUCAUUGGUAUUGUAGAGCAGGAACCAGUGCUGUUUUCUACAACCAUUGCAGAAAACAUCCGGUUUGGUCGACCUGGAGUAACCAUGGAAGACAUUAUCCAGGCAACAAAAGAGGCUAAUGCGUAUAAUUUUAUCAUGGAUCUGCCACAGAAAUUUGAUACUCUCGUGGGAGAAGGUGGAGGACAGAUGAGUGGAGGACAGAAGCAGAGGAUUGCAAUCGCUCGAGCUCUGAUCCGAAACCCAAGGAUCCUGUUGCUGGAUAUGGCCACAUCCGCCUUAGAUAAUGAGAGUGAAGCUGUUGUUCAGGAGGCCCUGGACAAGGUCCGCAUGGGCAGGACAACAAUUUCUAUAGCGCACCGUCUUUCCACCUUUAGAAAUGCAGACGUCAUCAUUGGUUUUGAGCAUGGACAGGCUGUGGAGAAGGGAACACAUAGUGAGCUAAUAGAAAGGCAAGGUGUCUACUUCACCCUGGUCACCCUGCAGAACCAAGACACAUCCAGCACACCUAAUGAUAUGAUCAGAGAAGCUCUUAAAGACUUUGAUCUAAAAGUGAGACGUUUUAGCAAUGGAAGCUGCAGAUCCAGUAAAAGUGGCUCUAUUCGCCUGCAAUCUCAGAGCAAACUGUCAAUGGAUUUAUCAUCAUACGGCCUCAAGAUCACAUCAGACAAUAAAUGUAAAGAUGAACCAGAUGAAUAUGUAGAGACUGCCCCAGUAGCACGAAUCCUCAAGUACAGCCAACCAGAAUGGCCCUACAUGCUGAUAGGGUCUCUGGGAGCUGCUGUCAAUGGCUCUUUCCAACCCAUCUAUGCUGUCCUGUUCAGUCAAUUUCUUGGGACGUUUUCCAUUCCUGACUCGAAUGAACAGAGGGAGCAGAUCAACGGGAUAUGUGUUCAGUUUUGCAUUGUGGCUGUGGCUAGUUUCUUUACCUACUUUUUACAGGGCUUUGCUUUUGCAAAGUCUGGAGAGCUGCUGACACGUCGUCUAAGGAAACUGGGCUUCCAGGCCAUGUUGAGUCAAGAGGUUGGCUGGUUUGAUGACCCCAGAAACAGCCCUGGAGCUCUGACCACCAGACUAGCAACUGAUGCCUCCAUGGUGCAAGGGGCAACAGGAUCUCAGAUAGGAAUGAUCGUCAACUCGCUGACCAACAUUGGAGCAUGUUUGAUCAUUGCAUUCUACUUCACUUGGAAAUUAGCUUUGGUAGUUUUGUGCUUCUUGCAACUCAUCAUGCUGUCUGGGGUAUUCCAAGCCAAAAUGCUGACAGGUUUUGAGAAUGAAAAUAAAAAAGCCAUGGAAGAAGCAGGUCAGGUAUCCAGUGAGGCUCUUGCUAACAUCAGGACGAUUGCAGGAUUGGCCAACGAGAACUCAUUUGUGGAAUCAUAUGAGGAGAAACUCAAGCCUCCAUAUAAAUCUGCCAAGAAGAGAGCCAACGUCUAUGGACUCUGCUUUGGUUUUGCUCAGUGUGUCAUCUUUAUGAGUAAUGCUGCUUCAUUUAGAUAUGGAGGCUAUCUGGUUAGCGCUGAGGGGUUACAUUACAUGAUGGUUUUUAGAGUGAUUUCAGCUGUAGUUGUCAGUGGGGCAGCACUGGGCAGAGCUUCCUCCUUCACUCCAGAUUAUGCCAAAGCCAAAUCUGCAGCUGCUCAUUUUUUCAAACUAUUGGACCGAGUUCCUAAAAUCAACAUGAGCCACACAGAAGGAGAGAAAUGGGAAAACUUCAGAGGUGAAAUAAAAUUCGUCGACUGCAAGUUCACCUAUCCAACACGGCCAGAUGUCCAGGUGUUGAAUAACCUGGUUGUGUCUGUGAAGCCUGGUCAGACUUUGGCGUUUGUUGGGAGCAGUGGCUGUGGGAAAAGCACCAGUGUCCAACUGUUAGAAAGGUUCUAUGACCCUGAUGAAGGGCAAGUGUUGAUUGAUGGCCGCCCAUCUCUUAGGGUCAAUGUGCCCUUCCUAAGAUCUCAGAUUGGCAUAGUGUCCCAGGAGCCAGUGUUGUUUGGCUGCAGCAUAGCGGAGAAUAUUCAAUAUGGAGAUAACACACGCAGUGUUAGCAUGGAAGAGAUUGUUGAGGCCGCUAAGAAAGCCUACCUUCAUGACUUUGUCAUGUCGCUACCAAAUAAAUAUGAGACUCAGGUAGGUGUCCAUGGCUCCCAGCUGUCAAGAGGACAAAAACAACGCGUUGCCCAUGGCUCCCAGCUGUCAAGAGGACAAAAACAACGCGUUGCCAUUGCCCGGGCCAUCGUCAGAAACCCCAAGAUCCUGCUACUAGAUGAAGCUACCUCGGCCCUUGACACAGAAAGUGAAAAGAUUGUCCAGUGUGCUUUGAAUGAGGCAAUGAAAGGACGAACUUGCAUUGUCAUCGCUCACCGGCUGUCUACUAUCCAGAAGGCUGACAUCAUAGCGGUGAUGUCUAAUGGAGCUGUCAUAGAACAAGGCACACAUGAUAAACUCAUGGCCGAGAAAGGCGCCUAUUAUAAACUGGUGACAACAGGCGCUCCUAUUAGCUAGGCACCUGCAGCCACAUAUAAUGAUGAAAGUGAUUUUAUAUCUUUUUGUACUGGUUAAGAUUAAUAUUGUUUGCUUAUGUGAGCAUGUAAGGGCACCCUAACGUUAUCAAGUUUUCUUGCACAUUGGGCUACAGUAGAAGGCACUUCAUCGUGUUUUAACAAUCACAGAAGCAUCCAACCAUAUCACCCAUGUCCAAUCUCAGGUUCAGGCCUGGUUAUAACUUUGAUGGGUGACCACAUGAGAAUACUAGGUGCUGUACGCAUUUUUGGGGGGAGGGGUGGCAGUUUUUAGCCUGUAGGGAUUUGGCAUGGGAACUAGAGGGUGACCGGUUCAAAUCCCGCAUGGAAGGUGGACUGGCAGCUGGACAGAUGCCAGUCUUCCCCCAAGAAUUCCCCCUCCAGGGAUCAAUAAAUAUUCUAUUGCAAUCAAUUUCUGGUUCCUGUGAACGUAACAACGCAGAACUUUAUUUUAUGGUGAUGAUACUUCUCUCUUAAAAUGUACUGUUUCCAAUCUGGAUUGAAUCUGCAAUAAAGUAAGAUGUU